GCUGCGCGCCCGCCCGCAAACCUCCGCCGGUGCCCCUCGACAAGGAGGCACCGCGCCGUGCUGCAGCACAACGAAGGAAAACGGCCGGCGGCGCCGGCGCGUGCCUCUGCGUAGGCCGGAGCGGGCGCAGUAGCGGGCGCUGCACGCGAGAGUGGUGGGGAUGGCCUGCCACAGAGCAAGGGGGCCGGAAAGGGUGGGCAGAGGGUUUUCGCCGGACGUGCAAUCGCCACCACCACAGCUGGGUGCCGGCAUGGCUGUUCACAUGUGUGUGUGUGGCCGUGCAGGCGCCGCCACCGGCAGCGGCCGUGCUGAUAGUGCUUCGCACGAUGACCCGACCUGUCCUCCCCUCCCGGCCUCUGUUUCCCCCCCUAGCAGGGUCCGCACAAGCAGCUGUCAAAAAAAAGCUGCAGGCCGGCAAAACGCAGCCGGCGGAAAAAAGCGUGCUCAAAACGCUCGAAAAGAAACGAAGGGCAGCAGAAGAGAAGAAAGAAAAAAAAUGCCAGCCCAAAUGGGCAAUCGGAAGACGGGCAGAUGCUUAUCAGCAGCAGCAGUGGGCAGUGGGCAGCACCGCCGUUUGGUCGAUAAUUGGGUCCUCGAGUAGCCACACUCUAUCAGCAGCAAACGAGAGCAAACCGGCGGUUGCUGCUGCGUCCGUUCGUUCGUCCGUUCGUUUGUCCGUCCGUUCGUCCCCAGCCAGCCAGCCUGACAGCGUAUAAAGCGUAUCCCUU